AUGGCUGUCCGCAUUGCUGCCUGUCAUGCCUCCCCUAUCUUCCUCUCGGCGUCUAAAACAACGUCCAAGACCGUCUCGCUCAUCCACGCUGCUGCUCGCAACAAGGCCCAGAUCAUCGUCUUCCCCGAGACGUUCAUUCCCGCAUUUCCUAUCUGGAGCGCCCUGCGUCCACCCACAGAUAAUCACGAGCUCUUCCAACGGAUGGUGGCUGAAUCAGUCUUCGCUGACGGCAACGAAAUCGCCGCCAUCCGUACCGCAGCCAGAGAAACCAACACGAUCGUCAGUAUUGGCAUUUCCGAAAAAUCUCGCUUCAGCACUGCGACUCUGUACAACUCCAAUCUGUUGAUAGAUACCAACGGGGCUGUCCUCAACCAUCACCGGAAACUGAUGCCGACCUUCUUCGAGAAACUCACCUGGGCGGCCGGCGAUGGGCACGGUCUGCGCGUCUCAAAGACGGCGCACGGGAACAUCGGCAACCUGAUCUGCGGCGAGAAUACGAAUCCCCUCGCGCGAUAUACGCUCAUGGCGCAGGCAGAGCAGAUCCAUAUCUCGACGUGGCCUGCGAUCUGGCCGACGAGAGCCCCGACUGAUUCAGGGGGUGCCAACUACGACAACGUCGCGGCAAAUCGUACGCGCGCCGCUGCGCACUGCUUCGAGGCGAAAUGUUUCGGCGUACUCUGUGCGGGGUUUCUGGCUCCCGACACCGAUAGCGCCGCAGUCAAGAUGAUCGCUGAGGGCGCAAGUGCGCCUCAGGCCGUAAAGCAUGUGUUGCAGAAUUCGUCGCGGGGAGCGUCGAUGUUCCUUGAUCCCACGGGAGCGGUGCAUCCGGCGUUUGUCUUUUCGGAAGACGGAAAGAAAGAAAAGAGAGAGUUUCUUCAAGACGAGGAGGGGAUUAUCUAUGCGGACUUUGAGCUGGAUAGGGAUCGUGCUCUAAGCACCUUCUCACGGCUGAAGUUUAUGCACCAGUCCCAACUGAGCCAUGCAGCUGGAACUGUAUCAGAGAUUUCUAAGAGGGCUACUGGUAUGCGAAAUGGAACAGUUGGUUAUAUCAUCAGCUAA